UGGAGGUGGAGGUGUCAUCUCAGAACUGAAAAUGUUUUUGUUUCAAGUGGCUUUUUUGGUUGCUGUUUUGCAAGUCUAUCCAACCUACGCUGUCGGGGAUCAAGCAUGUACUUUGGUGGAAAUUUCCUGUGGAAAAUUGAAGAGCAGGGAUGGUGGAUACGUGUAUCUAUACAACAUUACAGGGGUAUUAGACAUUGCGGUGUUCAACAAUAAUGGGACUGCCAUUGCCAACAGUGGAGGGGACAAGCCAAUGGAAGUUGUUAAGAAUGAGGUGGUAACGAUGAACAACAGUGCCCUCACCCUCUAUAAAUGUCAAAAUCUGAAAAUGAACUUCAUUUACAUUGAUUCUACACAGCAGAAGGCUGGAACUGAGUCUAAUGGUAAAGAACCCCCCGUUAAGGAGAGCUGUUCCCAUUACAUUGUCAAAGAUGGAGACAAUCCUGAUACAAACCGUGGUGACACUGGUUUGAACUGGAUAAUCAUUGUUGUCGUGGUGGUCAUUGCUGGUCUGCUCUUAGUGCUUUUAUGUGUGCAUAAACCUUGGAGAGACAAACAGCGCAACCAAGGCCACAGAGACGUGGAAGAGGGUCAGGGCAAUCCAGAACCAAUCUCCAUUCCUCUGAUGCAGAAUGAGCAACGUGAUGCCAGGGUUAACGGCCAGACUGAUGACGCACAGCUUCUGGGUCAACCUCAGAGCAAUGGAUGCGUGCCAUAUAGAAGGGAAUCACACCUGACCGAUGGGGCUCCAGGUCAGUGUGCUGGUGAGACUUCACCCCUCUUCUGCAGAAGCCCAGUAGAGGAAGGUGUGCUAGAAGGGGAGGACAGGAAGCCCACAGACAGUGGGGGAACAUACCCUGAAUCCUGUCAGAAGACACAUGCUGAACCCCCUGACAUCAGGGUUAACAACAAGACCAAGGAACUGACUCCUGAUGCACAGAGUCCAGGACCUCCUCAGAUGAAUGGACGACCUCCCAUGUCUAACAGAGUUGCAAAGGAGACCACUGGUCUAUUGGACAAACAGGCCUUGGACAAGGACCAAGUCAGCAAACCUGAGUUAAUAGACAAAGGACCUAAUGACAUGGAGUCAAGAACAAGCGGUGGACGUUUGUAUAACAACAGAGAACCUAAUAAGAUAUGAUAAGAUACAGUAAUAUAUGAUAUACAGUGCAUAUUAUAAGAUACACAUAUGUGACUAGCUUCAUCAUAAUCAGUCAUAUCAACCCCAAGACACAUUCUGAGCAGUGUGUUUUAAUGAACAGUGAUUUUCAGAAACCUCAACAGUUUAUUAAGUUAAUUCUCUAUGCGACUGCUGUAAUCUGGAUAGGUUAGGAAACAUGUUCUAGUGAAAUCAGUUGAAAUUCAAAAACAGCCCAAGACUUUUAGAUAACUAAAAUGACAAAAUUACUAUUAUCUAAAUUAUUAUUAUCUACAUUUUGUAUUACUAUUGAAAAUGACUGCGACUUAUGACUGAUUAUGAUACAGCAUGUCACAUAUUAGCUAUACAACAUUAUAAUGAUAUGAAAGUAUGGUAAGAUCAUACUUACACUAGUAUUGUAUAAUAUACAUACAAGCUAAUAUAUAUCACAUUCACAUGAGAAGAUGGAUAAAACGUAAACCUCUUUACUAUAGACAUUUCCAAGGUCAUGAGGUCUCAAUGUCUUGUGGACAUGUCAAAUACAGCUAAACAUUGACCCAGCGUUAUUUACACAGUAUAUACAAAAGUAUGUGGACACCGCUUCAAAUGAGUGGAUUUGGCUAUUUCAGCCACACCGUGUCUGA